GGCUUUGAACCAGAGAUGAGCACUGUCCCCUAGAGUCAGGAACGACUAGCAUAUAUGUGCGAGGGGGAACCUUUGCUUUUACCUUUAUGAUUUUGCCAACAAAAUGCAAAUGUUUAUUUUUAAUCAUUGUGCCAAACUUUUUUGGGAUUCUCCUCCUUGUGUCCUUCCCAGGUUGUUAUCCUUUGUCUCUGAAUGUUCUCCCGUGUGCCACUAUCUUGGUGAAGGUCUCCAAGGAUGAAAAUGGAAGAAGGAGGGACUCUUAGUUGUCUCCCAGGGGAGCCGUCCAAACCAGCCGGAGAAUUUCUUCCUGGGGUCAUUGUAGAUUGCAAGACCAGAGUGGAUUUCAGAGGACGAGGCAAAUCUCUGGAUGGAGAUACGGAAAGAUCCUGUGGACAGGCCAUCCUACCUCAGGUGAAGGGAGAAUCAGAAGAGGAUCUAACCCAGCACUGGGAAGUCCAAUGGAAGACUUUCUUGAGGACAAUGGAGUCCUCUCACCUGGGCUGGGGAAUGACCCAUUUCCCGGAGGACCCUUCCUUGUGGGAAGACGCCAAGACCUUCCUGGGCUCCUUCGAGCAAGUGGCUGAGGCCUGUCGCUGGCCCAGGGAACAAUGGGUAGCCCGGCUCUUGCCCGCCCUCAAUGGAGAAGCCAGGUGGGCCUUUGAUAAGCUGGAAGCUGGAGACCGAGAGGAUUACGGGAAAGUGAAGGCGGCCAUCUUGCGAGGGGAUGCUCUGAGCAGAGAGGAGAUUCGCCGGCGCUUCCGGCAGUUUAGCUACUGGCAGGCCGACGGGCCAAGAGCCGUCUAUGCCCAGCUGCGGGAUCUCUGCCGCCAGUGGCUGAAGACCGAGAAGAAUAGCAAAGAACAGAUUGUGGAAUUGCUGGUCUUGGAACAAUUUCUGGCUAUUCUUCCUCCGGAAAUGCAGAGCUGGGUCUGUGAAUGCAGCAUGGAGACCUGUGCAGAGGAGGCCGUGGUCCUGGCGGAGGACUUCCUCUCGAGGCAGCAAGAGGCUCGGAGGAAAGAUAAGCAGGGCAUCUUGGAGGAAGCCCAGGCUGUUUUCUCCUGGACUCCGGUUGAGCCCGGACAGAGAGUCCUCUAUGUUGAAUCAACGCUGGAAGGCAGUGAUGGACGUGGCACUUUGUUAGAAAAUCCACUGUUACCCCAAAGUGAUGUCUCUUGGCUGGGAGAGAAAAAGGAGACAUUUUUUCCGAGUUCAGAAGAAGGAAUACUUCCAGAAGGUGUGUCCGAGAAGAAAGAUGGAGGGGAAACACGCAAAGCGUUAGAAAGAGGCAGGUGUGAAGCUCUGAGAGAAAUCCCCUGGAAUCCAGAUGGUCCACAGAUGCAGGAAGGUGAACAGGCAGGAGAAAAGGAUAAAUUUGCUGAUGUGGACGAGGUCCCAGUUCCUCAGGAAAAGCAGCAGAAGAAGAAGAAAAACCGGUGCCUUGUGGUUAUCUCGGAGGAGAGACCCAGUAAAAACUCAGCCUUUGGGAAGGGGGUCCCCCUCCAUCAAAGACUCCAUAGCCGAGAACUGCCCCAUAAAUGCUCGGACUGCGGCAAGGGCUUCGGCCACAAAGCGAACCUUACGUCGCACCAGAGGGUCCACCGCCUGGAGAAGCUCUACGACUGCUCCAACUGCGGGAAGACUUUCCUUCGUAAGUCCAUCUUGGAUAUGCACUUGAGAAUGCACACCGGUCAGAAGCCCUUCAGCUGCUCCGACUGCGGCCUCAGCUUAAGCGCCCAUUCGAGCCUCGUCCGGCAUCAGCGGAUCCACACCCGGGAGAAACCCUAUAAGUGCUCCGAGUGCGAGAAAAGCUUCAGUCAGAACUCGGACCUGAUCCGGCAUCAGCGGCUUCACACGGGCGUAAAACCCUACCGGUGCCCCGAGUGCGGGAAGAGCUUCAGUCGGGGCGACUGCCUGGCUACCCAUCAGAAAAUCCACGUGGGGAAAGAGCAAGGCGGGAACCCGAGCCUAGGCAAGGCGUUUGUGAUCAAUCAAGUCCUCUUCAGCGAGUCUGAAGAUCUGCCUGUGAAUCUGAGAGACUCUGUGCCAAGCCUUUCCUUGCCAAAGACUGUCAUUCAGGACUCCCGCCGGAAGACCAACACUAAUUGGGAACUACAGCACAACCACUUUCAGGAACCGGCAAAAGGACACAAAAUGGAGUCCAGAAGUCCAGAUUGCCCCAACGCCACCCAGUCUUUUUGGGACUCUGAAUUGGGACUGUUGCGUGUCAUUGUCAAGGAGGAAGAUGACAGUGAAGAGGCCCUUCCAUCAGACGACUGGACGGCAAGAUCAACCACCGAGGCGGGUUUCCUCCCCGAAAGCUUCACUUCAGAGCAUCAGCUGAAACGUUCACCGCGAAGUUCCCCAGACAAUAAUUUCCCUCCAGUGGAAGUGGAAACCAUCCAGAUUAAGGAGGAACCCGCCGAGGUGUCUGUAACGAUACUCGAGCAUCCGAACGCCGAAGGGACGAGUGCGAACAAGUGUGCCCUGUGUGGGAAGACCUUCAGUUGCAAGUCGGACCUCACCAGGCACCAGAGGACUCACACGGGCGAGAAGCCCUUCCGGUGUUUCGAGUGCGGGAAAAGCUUCAGUCGAGGCGAUUAUCUGAUCUUGCACCAAAAGCUUCACCGGGGGGAGAAGCCGUACAAGUGCUCGGAGUGCGGCAAGGGCUUCUACCGAAGCACCCGGCUCAUCUCCCACAAAAGGGUCCACCUGGCCGAGAAACUCUACAAAUGUUUCCGUUGCGGGAAGAGCUUCGGCGACGAGGCCAAGCUCGCCCAACACAAGCAGGCCAAGCACACGAACGAGAGGCCGCACACCUGUGCCGAGUGCGGCAAGAGCUUCCGCCGGAGCACCCACCUCACCAGGCACCAGAAGAUUCACACCCGCAAAGCCCGCUACCGCUGCCUGCAGUGCGAGAAGACCUUCACUUGUCGAAAGCACCUCCUGUCCCACGAACGGACGCACACGGGGGACAAGCCGUACAAAUGCCUGGAUUGCGGCAAGAGGUUCAGCUUCAGCGGGAACCUGGCCUCGCACCUGAGGAUGCACACGGGGGAGAAGCCCUACCUGUGCCUGGAGUGUGGGAAGAGUUUCAGCCGGAGCGCACACCUCACUUUGCACCAGAGGACCCACACCGGGGAGAAGCCAUACACCUGCCUGGAGUGUGGGAGGGCCUUCAGCCAGAGCAGCAACCUCACUUCGCAUCAGCGCAUCCACACGGGGGAGAAGCCCUACGAGUGUCCCGUCUGCGGGAAACAGUUCUCGCGGGGCGACUCGCUGGUCUCGCACCAGAGGAUCCAUGCCGCGGAAAUAGUCUAAUCCGGGGUUCAAAGGGCAUUUGGCGCAAUGGGGUGUGUGUGUCUCUCUGCAGUGAGCUUCAAUUGCGAAGGGGGGAAAAAUGGGAAAGAAAGCUGACUCUUGCUUCAUGUCAAUUAAUCAAGUGUGUUUCAGAAGCUUCUUCGUUGUCACCUUUGGAGAUCCUCGAAGAUCGUGGUUGUCCCAGAGGCGGGGGUUGGGUGUGUAAUUCUCAAAAUCUUGUUGGUUGUACAAGGGGGGCAUGCUAUAUUUUUUGUCUCUUCCUACCAGGUUGUAUGUCAUCUAUGGCAACGGAUGAGACUGGCUCAUUGGCCCACAAGCCAUUUUGCAAUUCCAGGGGAUUUAAAAGACAAACAAACCAACAUCCUGAUGUUACAAACCAACAUCCCGAUGUUACGCACAAUCUAAACUUGGAACGAUGCAUGUUAAAAGGGCUUUUAAUUACCACAUUUUUCAGCCUAUAAGACACAGUUUUGCCUCCCAAAAGGGGGUGAAAAUGUCUGUGCGUCUUAGAGACCGAAUAUUACCAAAGCUCCGCCCAGCUGCCAGCCAUUUUUUGGCCUCUGCACAACCCAUUUUUCAGGCCUUUGUUCGGCCGGUUUUCGGGGCUUUUUUCGGCCCCGUUUUUGAGGCUUUUUUCAUCCUUUUUUUGAGAGCUUUUUGGGGCUGUUUAAAAAGAAAACGGCUGGAAAAAAGCCUCAAAAACAGCUUUUUUGGUAACUAUUAUUGCUUUGUUCUUAAGAGAAGAUCUGUGGGUGAUAAUUUGCAAAAUCCUCCUUAUUAAUCUUGAAGGAAGAACCCGGAGGUGAUUGCUGGGUUUUUGUGGAGAGUGAUGAACUUGGUUGAAAAUAGGGAAUAAAACAUUACCUUUGUGGAUUAUAUAUAUAUCCAAGAGGUGGGAUUGAACAAUUUUAGCAACCCAGUUGCUGGGUGGGCGUGGCCAUCUCAGCCUCCUCACGGGGAGAGGGUGUUUUCGGUCUUCCCAGGCUCUUGAGUCUUGCGUCAAGAAAUGGGCCUGUUUCUGCGAGUUCUGGGAGGCCUGUUUUUCGCCUUCCCAGAGCUUCCACGCGGGCUCUGUACUUACCUGGCAUAGUGAAGGGGCUGUGUAGAGACUCCUGGGAGGGGUGGGAUAGGCAGGCCAGGGCCAACCAGUCCUUGCAACAAGUGGUUCGGCGAACCAGAUGCAAAAUUAGAAUCCAGUUCGCCCAAACCUGUCCAAACCAGCCGAAUCCCAUCCCUAUAAUAUAUUCCCACCGUCUUUCCAAGGAGACCGAAACGAGACAUCCCUUUCUCCUGCUUUCUGUUUUUUUUGUGUGUUUUUUUUGUUAAAUCUCCCACAACAUCCCUGACAAGGCAGGCCAGUUACGGAGAGAAAAGGGGACUGGCAGUAAGGCGCUUUCUUUUCGGAAAUGGUUGUGGGAAUUCCUUGCUUUCUUGGCCCCACACUGCCAUUCUAAUCUCCAUGUGAAUCCAACCUUGAUUUUGAGAUCCUUUUACCCUCCUGGAAAGGAAUGAAUUUGAAUCCAAGCCAUAAGAGUUGAAAGGGACCUCAGAGGUCAUUGAGUCUGACCCCCUGGCUCUUAAGCUCUGUUGGAACAUCUCUUGACAGGCAACCCUCCAGCCUCUAAAGGCCUCCAGUGAGGGAGACCCCACUGUUUGGAGGGGUUGUGUGUGGAGGGUAUUCCACUGCCUGACAGGAGGAGGGGAGGCUGUGAUCCCAUAAAGCGAACUGUGAAGGGAAUGUCUCUUCGAAUAUGGCACCACCAUUGGGUCAAUUCUAAGUAACAUUUCUAGCUUCCAAAGAUCGGGAAACCCAUCCUGUUCCCUCCCUGUCCUCCAUUUCAUUUCCUUUCUUCUUUCCCCUAUUCAGCAACCCACAGCUCUGGAGCUGCAUGUGGCUCUUUCAUCCCUCUGCUGUGGCUCCCCGUUGCUCAAAAUAUGCAUCACAACCGCCAAUGUGUGAUACCCAUCGACAUGCGAUUUAUUGAGCGUUUUGACCUCCGGUCGGCCAACCAUGGAUAAAUCCAAGAAAAAGAAAAGUUUCAGAAAGCAACGGAAUGUUUAAUUCAAAUACCUACGCUAGUUCUGUGGCCACUCAGGAAAUAGUCAGGCAUGGGAAGGGUUUUGUGGCUCCCGGUGUUUUCUGUGGAAAACUGGUCCGAAUGGCUCUUUGAGGGUUUAACGUUGCUGACCCCUGUCCUAGUGCUCAAGGCAUCCAACAUGGUUCUCUUCUUGCACCAACAGUUGUGCCAGGAAGACCAGGGUGGGAAGAAAGAAGUGGUUGUGAACUUUAUGGUUAAGAAUUUCAUCCUGGAUUCCCCCCCCGCCACCCUCCCCCAGAAAAAAACACACUAGAAAUGUCAGCAAGUCUCAUCUAAUGUUUCUAGAACUGUGAUCCGCAAAGCAUUUGAAGGUGUUUUCGGAGUGGAUCCCACAGCCCAAUAAAAAAAAGGAUUGGUUUUGAAUCAGGUUCUUCAGUGGGGGGGGGGGGGGAAAUAUUCUUGCCAUGACCGAUGGAGGCAGAUGUGAAAAACCAGGUUGUGGGGAAUCAGUCAUGGAAAAAAUUCAACAAUCUCAGGCCCUAAGACUCAACAUAUUGGCUCUAAAAAGACCAUGUCUACACAUUUCAUGUCCGUUUGAAGAACGCCGGGGGCGUUUAGCAAUCCGUCUUUAUACUGCGAUGUUAAUCCCGUGUUAUUUCACUACAAGGAAGGGGCUGGACUAGAUGAUCUCCAGAAUCCCUUCCGUUCUCUGAAACCUAUUAUCCCACUUCUUCCUCCAUGCUGUUUAGACAAAACAAAGUUCCAGGGGACUUCCCUGGUUUUAUUAUAUUAUAUAGGUUAUAUAAUUCUUGUAAUUGUAUUCUAUUAUCUAUCCUGAUGGCAGAGCUCUAUGGAAUGAAGCGCUUUAAAUUUGUAACAUUUCACUGAUCUUAACAGCUUUUCUCUAAACCGUGUACUUAAUGAAUUGAUAAAUAAAACGGAAUCUCAACAUGGCCA